AUUAACCACCAUGGAAGACGUGGCUGUAUAGUGUGGUGUAUCUCAUUAACCUGACUUAACUGAUGCAUUAACCACCAUGGAAGGCGUGGCUGUAUAGUGUGGUGUAUCUCAUUAACCUGUCUUAACUGAUGCAUUAACCACCAUGGAAGGCGUGGCUGUAUAGUGUGGUGUAUCUCAUUAACCUGACUUAACUGAUGCAUUAACCACCAUGGAAGGAGUGGCUGUAUAGUGUGGUGUACUCAUUAACCUGUCUUAACUGAUGCAUUAACCACCAUGGAAGGCGUGGCUGUAUAGUUGGUGUAUAUUAACCUAUCUUAACUGAUGCAUUAACCACCGUGGAAGGGUGGCUGUAUAGUGUGGUGUAUCUCAUUAACCUGUCUUAACUGAUGCAUUAACCACCAUGGAAGGCGUGGCUAUAUAGUGUAGUGUACCUCAUUAACCUGUCUUAACUGAUGCAUUAACCACCAUGGAAGACGUGGCUGUAUAGUGUAGUGUAUAUUAACCUAUUUUAACUGAUGCAUUAACCACCAUGGAAGGAGUGGCUGUAUAGUGUGGUGUAUAUUAACCUGUCUUAACUGAUGCAUUAACCACCAUGGAAGGAGUGGCUGUACAGAUUAAACAAGAGAUAAAUGAGGAAGAGAUUAAACCACCAUUAAAGAAGAAGUACAACAGACCACCAACCUCUAGGAUAGUCCAUGAUGCUAUAAUUAACGUGGGAUCAAAGGAAAAAGGAGCAUCAGUCCAGAAGAUUAAGAAAUACAUCUUCUCUACCUACAGACUAGAUGACAGGAAGACAGAAAUAUUAAUUAACAACUAUAUAAAGAAAGCUGUAAGGAGUGGCAAGCUUAUAAGAUGCUCAGGUAGUCGUAAAGGUGCUCAAGGAUUUUUUAAACUUGCCACACAAAAAAGAACUUUACCCACUGUUGAUAAGAAGACCUUACAACAGCAGGAGGGAUAUAUUGAGAAGAGGAGUAUUACUAACCCAAGUCUCCAGCUAGUGAAGGAGGAAGGUUGUGAGGAGGAGAGAAGAAGAGGUUGUAGGGUGACUGUGGUAAUGGAUGUGAUAGAUGAGGUCACUGUGGAGCCUCUCUUAACCUCACAGUUUGUUAAGCCUUACCGUCUACACUAUAAACAGAAUGAUGUUAAAAAAAUCUGGGAUCUAGUUACUCUCCAUGAAAGCGUCUCAGUCAUUAUAUAUAACACGGAUAAGAAAAAAUUAAUACUGGUGCGGCAGUUUAGGCCAGCCGUCUACUACAAUGGCAUACCACCAGAGGACCGGGUAGACGUCACCAUCGACACGACCAAAUACCCGGGUAUCAGAGGUCUGACCCUGGAGCUGUGUGCCGGCAUCGUGGACAAACGCAAAGACCUCGUGGAGAUUGCCAAGGAGGAGGUGUUGGAGGAGUGUGGAUAUGACGCACCUCUGGAGAAGUUUGAGAAGGUGAUAACGUACAGAUCUGGUGUGGGAGUGUCGGGUGACCGGCAGACUAUGUUCUACGUGGAGGUGACUGACAGCAUGAAGGUGUCCGACGGAGGUGGUGUGGCUGAGGAGGGUGAGAUGAUAGAGGUAGUGGAGUUGUCUAUGGCUGAGCUGCAAGUUUUCAUCAAACAGUCGGAAGUGAACUGCCCUGGAGGUCUUCUGUUUGGCCUCAUGUGGUUUCUACAACACAAGGCGCCCAAAGACUAACAUCAUGUGGAUGUAUGAGGCUGUUAUCUUGUGCAGUGAUGGAACUACUGGACCUUAAUGCUAUCAAAAUAUAUCCUGCUCCUGAAAACUGUUUUAAUUGUAGACUCAUAGAGUGAAACUAAUUAUUUCAAGUGUAGUAAAUGGAUCCAAAAUGGUGAUGGUUACAAGUGAACAAUUUUGCCCAACACUUCAUGAUAAAGUGCCACUGGGCACCUACUUACACCUUCACUACAGGGACGCCACUUUAAUAUAAUAUUUGAAUAACGUGAUACAAGUUUAUUCAGUACAAUGGGGACUGUACACAAGUGGUUAAGGACAGUUUAUUCUGGAUCACAAUAAACUACAUAUUGAGAAUAAUUAAUGUAAUCACAAUUGAAAUAUUGUAUUUAUGAGAAACUUUGGUGGUUGUGGCCACACUGUAUUGUACUGUACCGAGGAGUGUACAGUACUGUACUGUACCGAGGAGUGUACUGUACUGUACUGUACCGAGGAGUGUACAGUACAGGUA